AUGGAGAACUUCAACGAAACAUCUUCAAGCAGGUUCAUCCUGAUCGGCCUCUCCACCAUCCCACAUUUGCAAGCUGUAUACUUCAUCGUCUUCUUAUUCAUGUACGUGAUCACCAUCUUAGGAAACGUUCUGAUCGUUGUGGUGGUGAGAACCGACAGCCGCCUGCAGACCCCUAUGUACUUUUUCCUAAGUAACCUCUCGUUUAUUGAUCUCUGCUUCUCUUCCACCAUCGUGCCAAAACUCCUGAUAAACACCAUCGCUGAGGAUAAAAGUAUUUCAUUCUUGGGGUGCGCAGCUCAGAUGUACUUCCACCUGGCUUUAGGGGGAACCGAAUGUAUAAUCCUGGCAAUUAUGGCUUACGAUAGAUAUGUGGCCAUUUGCAAUCCUCUGCGUUACAAUUCUAUCAUGAAUAAACAGCUCUGCGUUCAACUCGCGGUCGGGACUUGGCUGUCAAACUUUUUAAACUCUGUGUCCCACGCGUUUUUCACCUUCCAACUCCCCUACUGCAAGUCCCACUUUGUCAACCACUACUUCUGUGAGAUGCCUCCUCUGUUCCGUCUGUCUUGCCGGGACACUUUAAUGAAUGAAAUAUCAGUUUAUGUUUCGGGUGGACUAGUAGGACUAUGCUCGUUCUUGCUGACACUCAUGUCCUAUGUCCAGAUUAUCUCCACCAUCCUGAAAAUCCGCUCUAGUGAAGGGAGACACAAGGCUUUCUCUACGUGCGCUUCCCACCUUGCCGUGGUCUCAUUGUACUACGGAGCCAUUGUGUUCAUGUAUUUGCGCCCUCGAUACAGUUACUCUCCAGAUAAGGACAGGGCUGUGUCAAUCCUCUAUACCGUGGUGACCCCCAUGUUGAACCCCAUCAUCUACAGCAUUAGGAAUAAGGAAGUCAAAGGCACCUUGAAAAAGAUGCUAGCCAUAAAAAAAUAUUCUUAA